AUGUCUUUCUGCGCUCAUAUUGACGAAAUCGGGCGGCUUCCUCCCCCAAAGCUCUCAAACUUGGUUCACAGGGAGGAGUGUACGCAAUGCUUUGAUAACCAGGACUGUGCCACUGGCGUAGAUGUCUGCUUAAGUUGCUUCAAUGGUGGCUGUUUGAGCGCAGAACGCAAUCACGCAUCUACCCAUUCUCUGAGAUCAGGACACUCUUUUACCCUCAAUGUCAAACGCAAACGGAAACCCACUACGCAGCGGACGGAAGAUGAAGAGCCACCCGCGAAGAUGAAGAAAGUAGCUAUCGUAGAAGAUCGAGAGGAGGAUAAGUACGAUCACACGUUGGCCAUCAGGUGCUGGAAGUGCGACCCAAACAAAGGAGUGGAGUACCCCAGUGCCCUCUCCGAUCCGAAGAUCAAAAGCCUCGCGGACUCUAUAAUGCAGUCGAUGUCUUCUGCUCGUCAGUCCGAGGUCAAAGCAUGGGAGGAAGAGAUUCUUCCGUGUGAACACACCUUAACUUUGGAGCAAUUUGCCACUGGCCAUAUCCAAGCUUCUGGACUUGCCCACUGCACUGCUUGCGACCUGAAAGAAAAUCUAUGGCUCUGUCUAACGUGCGGAUGCCUCGGAUGUGGUCGUCAGCAGCUCGGUGGUCUUGCUGGGAACGGCCACGCACUAGCACAUUAUCAAUCUACAGGACACGGAGUCAGCGUCAAGUUGGGGACGAUCACACCAGAGGGUGGUGCAGAUAUUUAUUGCUAUAGCUGCGAUGACUCUAAGCAAGAUCCAAAUCUAUCGCAGCAUCUUGCGGCAUUCGGAAUAAAUGUCCAAACCCUGAAGAAGACCGAGAAAAGCAUGACAGAAUUGCAAUUGGAGCAGAACCUCUCGUUCGAUUUCUCCUUGACUGACGAAUCUGGAAACGCCCUCGAGCCCGUCUUCGGCCCUGGCCUCACAGGCCUCUCCAACCUUGGGAAUAGCUGUUACAUGGCGUCCGUUCUUCAAACUCUCUUUUCCCUUCCCGCCUUUCAGUCACGCUACAACGACCUUGCGAAAUCACACUAUCUCACCUGCACUAUUUCUCUGCCAGCUGAAUGCGUCGAAUGUCAAAUGCACAAAGUCGCAGAUGGCUUACUGAGUGGUCGAUAUUCUCAUCCAGCGAACUAUGCCGUAGACCCAAAGGCGUCUAAUGCCCUGGCUCACGAUUCGCCAACCCCGGUGUUUCAGGAGGGUAUCAAGCCCAGUGGCUUCAAAGGCUUGAUCGGUAGAGGCCACGAGGAAUUUUCGACAAUGAAGCAGCAGGAUGCGGAGGAGUUCUUCGUUCAUUUGUUGACUAUCCUCCGCAGGGAUGCACACAAGUACAAAGAACGCAGCGACCCAGAUGCGACUGCUAUAUUCUCGUUUGGCAUGGAGCAGCGACUACAAUGUGCUGACUGCAAGAAAGUCAGAUACAGGGUGGACAACACAGACACCGUUAGCGUGACUAUUCCCGCGAAAGAGAAAUCUAAGGACCAAGAUGGCAAAGCGACAUAUGAAGAAGUCGAACUGUGGCAGUGCAUCGAAUCUCUUCUAGGAACCGAAGCCUUAGAGUACGCUUGCCCGUCAUGUCGAAAGACAGUUAAUGCUCUCAAGUCAACCAAAUUUGCGUCUUUUCCCGCUGUUUUGAUCGUCCAUGCCAAGAAAUUCCAACUUGUCAAUUGGGUCCCUUCCAAACUAAAUAUCCCAGUCCUUCUUCCGAUUAAUGAUGAACUCCUCUUCACCGCUCAACACCUUGGCCAAGGACUUCAACAGGGUGAACAAGAACUGUCUAAUGAAGAAGCAGCACCCACACUUCCAGCCUUCAACGAAGUUGCCAUGGCUCAGCUAGAGGGCAUGGGCUUUCCAACCAUACGCUGCCAAAAGGCUCUCUUAGCGACGGGUAAUAGCAACCCUGAAGCGGCGAUGGAGUGGCUGUUCGGCCAUAUGGAAGACCCAGACAUUGAUGCGCCUAUCCAACUAGCCGCGUCUUCUGGGGGCAGUUCGCAUGAACCAUCCCCAGAACAAAUCAGCAUGUUGUCGGACAUGGGAUUUACAACAGCUCAAGCUAGGAAGGCUCUGCGUGAAACGUCCGGCGACCCCGAACGUGCCGUCGAGUGGUUAUUCAAUCAUCCUGACGACAUGGGCGAGGAUGCCACUGCAUCCUCCACUCAAGCAUCUUCGCAAGCACAAAUCAUACCGGGAAGCAAAGAUGUACCGGUACAGUACAGACUCAAGGCGUUCAUCUCUCAUAAAGGCCCUUCGGUCCACUCAGGCCACUACGUUGCCCAUAUCCGUGUGGACGAUACAAACUGGGUUUUGUUUAACGACGAAAAGGUCGUCAAAGCAGAUGCAGAAAGCGUGAGGGAGCUAAAGAAACUAGCGUAUUUGUACAUCUUCGAGAAGGCAUAA